CUCCACAAUUCACGCUGCGCUUCGAUCCACAACAUCGUACUCUCGCUCCCUUUACCCGAACCAGAUUACACUUGCGCCGCAAUCUCAGAACACACGCACAGUCGAUCUCGGCACAAUGCAUGACGAACAUCCCCAUCCCCUUCUCGCUCAAGUCCCUCUGACCGUCUCUCCUUUCGUUUCUCUCCCGACCGCAACCCCUCUCCCCUACACCUACAAGCAACUCCCGUCCACGCUUCCCCCAAGUGUUCUCUCCUCAAACGCCACUUCCGACCCCACGCAACCACAAUCGCAGUCCCAGCCUCAACAGCCGCCCGCCUACGUCGUGUCCAGCUCCGGUACAACUGCGACCCCCGAUCAGAUUCUCAGUUCCUGCCUCGCGCUCCAAUCACAUCUGCAGAGCCUCGAGAACGAGGCGCGGAGUACGCUAAGGGCAUGGGAAGAUAAGCGCAAGGCAGAAGACUUGGCGGAGAAGAGGAGAGUCGCACCUGGGUGGUUGGAUGGCGACGUGAAGCUUUUGAGGCCGGAGAAUGUCGGUGGUGAGGACGCAGAAAUGGGCGAGGCAAGCGCAAUGGGCCAGAGUCAGGCACAACAGAGUCCACAUCAACGGAGGACAAGUGUGGGGAUCAAGGCCCUCGUGGAGCGGCGGGAUGGCCUGCCGGACCCUAGUGAAGGGGAAGAACUGGACAGAGCGUUCGGAGGCAUGGGCUUGAAGUAGUCCCGCACGCAAUGCGCAAUGUGACCCGGUGGAACAUUUUUGAGAUGUACUGUCACUGCACAAAGAAGUGUUCGUCCAGCGGGAACCAUGAAUAAUUAAUCUACCAGUCCGGUGACCCACGCUAGUGUAGCUAUCUGCCGAACCUCUACUUCUUC